AUGAUUGUAUUUGGAAAUCGCUCUGAAGUUGGGAAUGAAUAUAGCCCAUUUGAAGAAGGGGUGUUUGCACUUGGUGUGGUUCCUGUAGUUGUGGAGAUUGGGUCCAGUAAAAGAUCCGAGUCGGUAAGAUUGGGGAUCGAGCCGUUGGUGCUAUCGAUGCCCCCAGUCUUGUCUGCCAACUCUUCAAUUCUGGGCGACCCUUGGAAUUGGUCUAAGACCUCUCCUGGGUCGACUCUUGGUCUGUAUGCUCCCAUUAGACGUGGCUUCUAG